AUGGGCAAAUUCGUACCCCGCCAGCGGAAGCACAAGCAUCGUGUGCGCGAGGAGGAAGAGCGCCAGAAAGCCGCCGCCAAGGUCGGUGUCGCAUCUGCCGGCGAUGUGAACGCAGAUGUUAUCUUGCCAGCCGGCAAGGCGGAAAGGGAAGAGAAGAGGAAAAUGAUGAGGGAUGAAUUGCGCGCACAGCAGCCGCAGAGCAAGAUCAGCAAAAAGAAGCAGAAGAGGAUGGACAAGUACAUUGAUACCAAGCUCAAGAGGGAGGAGAACCUCGAACUCAUGAAGAAACUCGCUACACUGAAGACGGACACCAGCCUUUUGCAGAGUGCGAAACAACUUAGCCACACCAGAAAAUCGAGACAAGAAAUUCUUGCCCGGGCCGUACAGGAGAAGGAAGCUGGCAUUGACGUCGAAAAGAACGAGACCAUCCUCAAGGACGUAUCGAGACCGGAGAAGAAGGACCUGGGAUACCAUACCGAUUCGGACGAAGAGGAAGAUGAGCAGGUCGAGACCACUGGGAAGAAGGCAAGAAAUGGAACUGGCGCAGCUCCUGAGUCUAAAGAAGAGGAGGUCAAAGACGAGAAACCUGCGGCGCCUGCAGUAGCUUUCGGAAGCGGACUGAAAAGACCGCUUGAGCUGGAUGAGGAUGGAAGACCGGUGAUCAAAAAGAGGAAGAGGGCAGCGAAGCCAGCUCUAAAAUUCACGGCGCCACAACCGGAACCGGAAUGGGAGGGAUUCAGCUCAGAGGGGGAAGGCUCUGCCGACGAUGAUGAUGGCAGCAGUGCUAGCGGUUGGAGUGCGGUAUCGGAUGAAGAGGAGGGUUCGGAGGAAGAUGGUUCGGAGGAGGGAUCAGACGAGGAGGAAGAUGAGGAUGAGAGUUCGGAUGAGGAGGACCCAGAUGAGUCUAUGGAAGAAUCUGAUGGCGCGAAGAAGCAGGAGAAAAAAGAAAGGUCAUCCGCUUUCAAAGCCUGGGCAACAGCAGAAAGGAACAAGACGGUCGGAUACACCCCCUCGACUAAUAUCGAAGCGCUUCCUCAAUUAGCAGCAAAACCGGCAAACUUCCAACCCCGAGCCCCUGAAGAGGAUCCUCUACCACCGGAACUUGCGACAAAGACCGCCACUGAUGCUUGGAGGAAAGCGUACAGCGUGACUGUAGAGCGCCCAGAAGAUGUCCAGGACGCGCGGCUGAAGCUUCCUGUUGUGGCCGAGGAACAAAAGAUCAUGGAGGCAAUUCACAAUAAUGACGUUGUUGUGGUCUGGGGGGCGACAGGUAGCGGUAAAACCACUCAAGUGCCCCAGUUCUUGUUCGAAGCCGGAUAUGGAGAUCCGAAGGGCCCUACUCCUGGCCUAAUCGGUGUUACACAACCUCGACGAGUUGCAGCGGUCAGCAUGGCCAACCGUGUGGGAGUUGAACUCGGGAAUUCAGGAAAAAGAGUUGGCUACCAGAUUCGUUUCGAUGCAUCGACUGGGGACGAUACGGCCAUCAAGUUCAUGACGGAUGGUAUCUUACUCCGCGAGAUUGCUCAAGACAUCUCCUUGCCAGGUUACUCCGCCAUUGUCAUCGAUGAAGCACACGAGCGCAGCGUCAACACUGACAUCCUUAUUGGAAUGAUGAGCCGCAUUGUCGAUUUGAGACGCAACCUCAUGAAGGAAGAUCCCAAAGUAAAGCCCCUCAAGCUCAUCAUCAUGUCGGCCACUCUCCGCAUUUCCGAUUUUACCGAAAACACCCGUCUCUUCAGAUAUGGCUCGCCUCCAUUGCUCAAAGCAGAAGGAAGGCAGUACCCGGUCACAGUCCAUUUUGCUAGACGGACCAGGAUGGACUAUGUGGAGGAGGCGUUCCAGAAGAUCAAGCGUGGUCAUAGGAAACUUCCUCCUGGUGGAAUGCUUGUAUUCAUGACCGGUCAGAAUGAGAUCACUACCCUUGCGAAGCGGUUGAAGCAAGCAUUCCCGUCGACACAAGGAGCAGAUGUCAAGCAGCCACCGGUCCGUAUCUCGGCCGCUGACGCUCCGCUUGAGGCGGAAGACCUUGAGAUUGGCGAUGACAAGAACCCUGACGACUAUGAUGAUGGAUCUGAUGCGGAGUCAGAGAUCCAUGGUCUCGAUGACGAUGACGACAAGGAGUUCGAUAUCGCAGAAGAGGGUGAGGAGACGCCAACACUGAAAGUGCACGUACUUCCGCUGUCCAAGGAGAAAAAAUACGACCAGACUACCGGCGUCCAGAGCUUUGAGAUUGGAUGGAUCAGCAAAGCUAGCGCAGAGCAGCGCGCUGGUCGUGCUGGUCGUACUGGACCGGGUCACUGCUACAGAUUCUACUCUUCUGCCGUGUACGAGAGAGACUUCCAGCAGUAUGCGGAGCCGGAAAUCCUGCGGACGCCUAUUGAGGGUUUGGUCCUUCAGCUUAAGAGUAUGGGAAUCCACAAGGUGGUCAAUUACCCAUUCCCCACAGCUCCGGACCGGCAGCAGCUCGCAAAAGCAGAGAAGCUCCUACAGUACCUCGGCGCUAUCGACGGGGACGGGAAGAUCACCCCUCAAGGUCGGCAGCUCUCUGUUUACCCUCUCACUCCUCGCUUUUCACGCAUGUUGGUGAUUGGCCAGAACCAUGGUCUAGCUGCAUACAUCAUUGCAUUGGUUUCUGCUCUUGCGGUUCCGGACGUUUUUAUUCCGGAGAACAUGCUCAAUCUUGGGUCGGAACCAGACGAUGAGGAUCACAUCAGAAGUCAUGCAGACAAUGUGGAGCAGGAUGCGAAGGACAAGCGGCGGAGAUCAUACAACGCGGCCCAUGCAAGCCUAUCCUCGCUCGACCGCACCAGCGAUGCCGCAAAACUUCUUGCCGCUCUCUGUGCCUUCGCCGCUGAGCGUAAAAGGGCACCGGAGGACUUUGCCUCGGACAUGUUCUUGCGGCUCAAGGCUCUCCAAGAAGCCACCCAGCUCCGCCAGCAGCUCACGAACAUCGUCCGCAAGGAGAACCCUCGCUGCGGCAUCACCAGCUACGAGCCUGUCCUGGCGCCGCCUAACAAGGACCAAGUGGCCAAGCUCAACUACAUCGUCGCCGCAGGCUUCGUCGACCAGGUCGCCCAGCGCGCCGACCUCUGCCCGAACGCGACGGACCUCCCCGCCCGCAAGCCCAAGCGCGCCACCGACGUGCCCUACGUCACCCUCUUCCCCAGCCACGACCGCUACUCGGGCGAGGAGAACCCGUUCGUCUACAUCCACGCCUCCUCCGUCCUCGCCCACCAGUCCGUCAAGGCCCUCCCGCAGUACAUCGUCUACUCGCACCUGCAGCGCGCCGCGCCGUCGUCGGUCGGCGCCGCCACCGCGCCCAAGAUCCGCAUGCACCCGCUCUGCGCCGUCACCGGCGCGCAGCUCACGGCCCUCGCCAAGGGCACCCCGCUGCUGCAGUGGGGCAAGCCGAUCGGCAAGAUCGUCGAUAAGGGCCGUGACGAGAAGGGGAAGGAGCAGCGUGAGUGCUAUGUCGUGCCGAGUUUGGUAGGCGAGAAGGGUGGGCUGGGCUGGCCGUUGCCGGCGAAGAGGGUUAUGCAGAGGAAGGAGGGGGGUGGGAAGGGGUGGGUUAUUGGGGAUGUGUUGGCAUAG